CAAUAUCCUACAGUAGCCUGUAGCCUGCUAAAACAUAUUGGUCAAAUGAAAGUUGCGGAAUUACGCACGUGUAGGCAUAUUUAUAAAGUAGCAUCAUGCGCUAGGUUGGGCUACUUCUUCAUUAUUAAUUCUUUAUUCCUUGUUAUGGGAAUUUCCUGUCGUCACGAACAACUGUCGGUAACGCACGGGACGUAAGCACGGGGGUGUGGGAAGUUUUCAAACUGAGCAGCGUCGUCCUGGUAGCACGGCAGCGACCGUGUCACCACUCUGACAGUGAAAGCCAAACCUCGUUAACAGACAGUCGUUGCUAGACAUCUGGGUAGAGCUGUUAACUUUAUACGUUAUACUAAGAGGAAUGACAUUCAUGAUGAUGAAGAAGAAGAAAUUUAAGUUUAAGGUGGAUUUCCAGUUAGAUGACCUGUCCUCGGUUCCAUUUGUGAACGGAGUUAUAUUCUGCAAAGUGCGGCUCCUGGACGGUGGCUUUACCGAAGAGUCUUCCCGUGUGUCAGUCCAAGCCAACUGCGUCCGCUGGAGAAAGCGUUUCUCCUUCAUGUGUAAAAUGAGCGCCAACGCAGGAACUGGCGUGCUGGAUCCGUGUGUGUGUCGAGUCUCCGUGCGCAAGGAAAUGAAGGGGGGGAAGACUUUCGCAAAGCUGGGCUUUGCGGAUGUGAACCUGUCGGAGUUUGCUGGGUCGGGCAGCACCACGCGGAGAUGUCUCCUGGAGGGCUACGACACCAAGAACACCCGACAGGACAACUCAAUCCUCAAGGUCGUCAUCACCACACAGCUCAUGUCUGGGGACCCCUGCUUCAAAACCCCCCCGUCCACCGCCAUGACCCUGGGCUUCCAGCCGGCCGAGGCAGAGCGCCUCCUGGAGGAGCGGAGGGGAGGGGACACACACACGCCCUCACACACACACACGCCCUCACACACACACACGCCCUCACACACACACUGCCCCGCCUCCGCAGAGAGUCCCAGGAAGAGUGCGUCUGUCCCCGAUGAGCUGGUGGGACGAGGACACUCCAGAACCUCCAGCUACGCCAGCCAGCAGUCCAAGAUCUCAGGCUACAGCACAGGCCAUUCACGCUCCUCCAGCCUGACGGAGCUCUCCCAUAGGAGGAACCCCUCGGCAGGCUCCGCCUCCACGGGCAUCAGCAGCAUUCCGGAGCCCAGCGAGCAGGCGGGGGAGGGCGGGGAGAGGGAGGCGCGGGCCACGCCCCCGGUGCUGGUCCACCUCACCUCACCCAGCAAGACCUCGUCGUCCUCGGAGAGACUGUGCAGACACCCGGUGAAGCAGAGCUCGGUGGAGUGCCAGCUGAAGAGGGUGGAUGCCACCAGGGUGGAUGCUGACGACAUUGUGGAGAUGAUCCUGCAGAGCCAGGACUUCAGCCCUGGCGAGCUGGACUCCAGCGCUGAGGAGGAGGGCCUCCGGCUGUUUGUUGGUCCGGGUGGCAGCACUGCUCUGGGCAGCCAGCACACCAGGGUCGGAACCGGAGCGUUUGAGCAGGUGGUGAUUAAGCGCUAGGACCAGGGGGCCGACGGGGGGGGCUGGGACCAAGGGGGCCGGGGGGGGCCGAGAAGGUGCCCUUACUCUGAGUCUGAAGGGGAGGGAGGGGGGGGGGAGGGCAGGAGGAGGGACAUGAGGAAGAAGAAUGUCAGGAGACAACAGCAGCAGUUGUCCUCCAACCUCCCUUUCUCCACCCCCCUCCUUCCCCCCCUCCAUUUCUCCCUCCUUCACCCCUUCCCGAAAGGACAGUUGUUGGACAGUGCGACCCCCCCGCCCCCUCGGCGGUGACCAGUUCCUGAGCCGCUCUGUCUCCGUGGUGACGGGGGAGAGGGGAGCAGGAAGGUGUCUCCCAUCUGAGAGAGGACAUGAGGGUGAGAGUCAUGUGUCCCUCUCCAUCCACAGUGGAAACAUUUCCUGCACAUCAGUUCAGAAAUGCUGACAGAAGCAGGGAAGGACUAUUGUUUUCACUUGUUUCAAAGUUAUGCAAAAAAAUGGAAAUAUAAAAUCGUAGUUUUUGAAUGUUUCGUUUCUUCUUCCUCUGCAGGAAUAAUGUUCCUUAGUUCUUGUUGCUUGGUACGUUGCUGCUUGAUACUGUGUGUUAAUACACACAUACACCCACACACAUACACACACAUUUACCUGUGUUGACAGAUUGAUAAUGAGAAGCAGCUCAGCGUUCAUAAGAAGGUGGUUUCUCUUGCGUCCGUGACCUUAAAACUGACAAAGAGAAUCCCUGGAACGGCCUCUCCUGUUGUUCACGCAGAACACAGGGAGAGGCUGCUGUCUCUGUUUUCAUUAUUCAUCUGUUAGAAACUUAAGAUGCAGAGGCUUAUGCAAGCACACAGGCACAGAUGGGUCUGGUGUCCUGGCUCAUGGAGGUGAAGCGAUUGAGAGGGAGAGAGAUGGAGAGAGCGAGGGACAGAAAGAAAGAGGGAGAGAGAGCAAGAGAAGGAAAGAAAGAGGGAGAGAGCAAGGAAAGAAAGAGAGAGAGGGAGGGAGGGAGGGAGGGAGCCAGGGAAGGAAAGAGAGGGAGAGAGCCAGGGAGGAAAGGAAGGAAGGAAAGGAAAGAAAGGGAGAGAGUGUGAGGGAGUGGAAAAAAAUAGGGAGGGAGAAAAUAAGGGGGAAAGAGAGAGGGAGGGAAAGGGAAUGAGUAAAGGAGGGGGGACCCAUCGAACCCAUUUAACAGUUCAAGUUUCAUGAAGUGUUGUACUCUAGCUGGUGAGGAUUCUGUAAGAGUAAGCUGCUGUUAAGCUUGGGCUGAAUGAGGGAUGGUUUAAAAAAAAAAACGGACUUUCAAAAGGGUUAUUGGUGAGGGUAUGUGUACUUUUCAGUAAAGGAACUAAACUAACUGGUACAACAGGAGUUGUAUGAACCACUGGAGGAGACGCGAAACAAAUGUACAUGCAAGUCUAGACGUGACUAUUUCAAUGCACUUAAUGCAGGUUGAUUGGUUUGUAUACAGUGUUUUGUUUGUAUGAUGGUGUGUUACAGUUUCAGAGUUUGUCAGCGAUGCUGUGUAAUGUGAUUAAGGGUGUUUCAGGCACACUGAUACCAGACUGUGUUGAUUAUGUCUGUUUGUAGAUUUAUAUUAAUUUCAAUGCAAAGAAAUCUCAGAAAGAGAGGGUAAUAUUAAUUUAUUGUAAUAUAAAAAUAACAAAAUAAUGAGAAAUGAUGGUCAUUUGAAUGUGUCAUUGCUGUGUUGCUAGUAAAGUAGCCUGAGUUAUGUAAUGUGGCCAUGAUGAACACCGUGUGUAAAACUCAGCUGACAUGGUAGCUGUUUAAAGACUCACAAGUGCCUCUUCCACAGUGUUUGUAAUCUUGAAUAUCUAAAUGUGGGUAUUUUUAACUUUGAAAUUCAAAUUCUUACAAACUAUAGUAUGACACUGUAGGUGAAUAAAACAUUCUCAAUUUAAAAGAAA